UCAUUUUAUCUAUCACAUAAGUCAACUCUCUAUCUCUCUCUUUCUUCUCUGCAAUGAAUGAGCAACUUCAAUUGUAAUAACAGUUUAAAUUUUCCUAGAAUAUUUUGAAUUGAGCUUUUUUAUAUUGCAACUUUUCUUGAUGGGUAACGGAGUGACAAAACUGAGCACAUGUUUCACAGGCAGAGAACGUUUCCGACAAAAAGACAUAACCUUUCAGCUUCCUGAUCCUCUAGACGAAGGUCUAGGCCACUCCUUCUGCUACGUCAGACCCGACCAAACUCUAACCACUUCCUCAAAAGUCCACUCAGAGCUCGAAGAGACCACCACCACCGUGUUCCGUACAAUCUCCGGCGCCUCCGUCAGCGCCAACACCGCGACUCCCCUCUCAACUUCUCUCUACGACCCGUACGGCCACGUCGACAGAGCAGCCGCGUUCGAGAGCACGACGUCGUUUCCUUCUAUCCCUCUCCAGCCCAUCCCCAGAAGCUCCGGCGAUGAUCCGAUCGAAAGAGGGUUCCUUUCGGGUCCCAUCGAGAGAGGUUUCAUGUCGGGCUCGCUUGACGACGACGGGGACGGGAUUGAUAACCCGAGCUCCGAUCAUCACUUCCAGCGUAGCUUCUCUCAUGGUUUAGCGUUACGGGUCGGGUCGAAAAGAAGGUCUUUGGUUCGGAUACUCCGUGGAGCAAUCUCGAAGACGGUUUCUCGACGGCAAAACUCGGUCGUUGCUCCGAUCAGGACAGAGAAGAAUCUUAAAGAAGGGACUUCAAACGAUGACGUUUCGGUGGAAAGCCAGAGUCUUCAGUGGGCCCAAGGAAAAGCCGGCGAGGAUCGAGUACACGUCGUCGUUUCGGAGGAGCACGGUUGGCUGUUCGUGGGAAUAUACGACGGGUUCAACGGUCCAGAUGCGCCUGAUUAUCUUCUCUCUCAUCUUUAUCCUACGCUUCACCGGGAGCUCAAAGACUUGUUGUUAUGGAACGGUCCACAUAAUCAUUGUGAGCGACGGUGGAGAUGUGAGUGGGAUCAGGAAAAGCAAGAUCUUGACCGUCGAUUAAAGGAACAGAUCAAACAUAGAACCGGGUCCGGGUCGGAUCGGUUAACGGACCAUAACGAAGUACUACAUGCAUUGUCGGAAGCUUUGAGGAAGACGGAAGAAGCGUAUCUAGACACUGCUGAUAAGAUGCUGGAGGAGAAUCCUGAGCUAGCUUUGAUGGGUUCUUGUGUUCUGGUGAUGCUUAUGAAAGGUGAAGAUGUUUAUGUGAUGAAUGUUGGCGAUAGUAGAGCUGUGCUUGGUCAGAGAUUGGAACGGAUCAACGAAGAAACAAUGAUAAAAGGUUGUGAGGGAGAUCCAGGUUUAUCAGCUUCUCAGCUCACUGUUGAUCACAGCACAAAUGUAGAAGAGGAGAUUGAAAGAAUCAGAAACGAGCAUCCGGAUGAUGCUAGCGCGGUGACGAAUGAACGAGUUAAAGGCUCCUUGAAGGUGACAAGAGCAUUUGGUGCUGGUUUCCUAAAACAGCCUAAAUGGAACAAUGCGCUUCUAGAGAUGUUCCAAAUUGAUUACAAAGGGGAGUCUCCAUACAUCAACUGCUUACCGUCUCUCUACCAUCAUAGAUUAGGCUCCAAGGACCAGUUUUUAAUACUAUCAUCGGAUGGUCUCUACCAAUACUUCACAAACGAAGAAGCGGUUUCAGAGGUUGAGCUCUUCAUCACAUUGCAGCCUGAAGGGGAUCCAGCUCAGCACCUUGUCCAAGAGCUUCUGUUCAGAGCUGCUAAGAAAGCUGGUAUAGAUUUCCAUGAACUGCUGGAGAUACCACAAGGAGAACGGAGACGGUACCACGAUGACGUUUCAAUAGUAGUGAUCUCUUUAGAAGGAAGAAUGUGGAGAUCUUGUGUGUAAAAACAAGUCCCAAUCAGCUUACAUACACAAAGAAGAUUGGUGUAGUCUCUCAAUGAUGUAUAAUGUUAAUAAAAAGAAAAAAAAAAGUUUUGGCAACUCAUAGGUGAUCAGAAGAUUAUAGUUGUCUUAGAUUAGUGGUCUAAGAUUUGAUUCUUUGAAUUGUUAAGUUGCUUGCAACUGCUAACUGUAUGUGACGAAAGAAGUAAAUGAAGGAAUUGAAAGAGGUUGUUGGUUAA